AUGACAACUACUACUAUCGCCGAAUUAGUGAGUCUCCUCACGCCACCACCACGGCCUUCCGCUCCAAUUCCUUACCAAAUUACCAGCGGUACCGUGGCAUUGUUUCAAGGAGCUGCUUGGAACUCUGUGAGGACCGAUCUGAUUAUCGACGACUAUAUUCCCAAUCAGCGUCAUGUAGUUCCGGCCUCUCAAUAUGAUCAAACGUCUUGGAUUUUGCAUAAUUUGCCACUCGGUACUGUCAUGACAUUCCUUGCUGCCAUGAAAACAAGUGGUCCAAUCGCAGAUCAAAGUGAUGCGUUUACAUGUAUUGAUUUGGUUGGAACUGGGAAGACCGAAGCAGUUAAUCUUAUCCCGACCGGCAUAAACGACCAAAUUUCGAUGUUUUUCUGGAGAACAGUUGAUCUUAAUAUGGGAGCCAUUGAGUUAUUUGACGCUUUCGAUUUUACUGGUAGAUGUUCAACCAUAUUUCUCAGUGAGUGGCCUGCCGAUACUGUUCACUCGAUUAUGCGCUGGCAGUUGCAAGACGCCAUUAGUUCAAUUCGAUGGAGGACAUUAAAAGAUCGGCAAACGGCUGUGCUGUUUGAUGGAGCAGAUGGUACUGGGACGGCAUAUAGCAAUAUCAAAGGCUGGGGUACCACUAAAGAAGUUGCCAGACUUACGGAUGUUCGCCUAAAUGAUGCAAUAAGCUCUUUCAAAUGGCAGAGCAUCAACCCCAUGAAAGAAAUCAUCGAGCCUUUCAGAAUCAUGGCUUCGAACUCAUCAGAUGAGGGAGGACUCACUUCUGAGAUCAUUGGGACAAAUAGUAGCACCGAACCACAACCGGUCACAGUGACUCUGAAUAACUCCACUGCUCAGUCUGUUACUAUCGAGACCUCCGAUCAACAUGUCGCCGGCAUCUCGACAUCCUUCACCCAGACAGCUACUGCAGGUGUUGAAGGGGUAGCUUCCACUUCGACCCAAUGGACCGUGGCAGUCAAUUACUCCUAUACAAGAACUGAUACCACAUCUAAAACUCAGACUAAAACAGUUGAUCUCACGAUUUCGCAGACCGUUAAUGCGCCGCCGAUGAGUAGCUAUGUCGCUACCUUGCUGGUGACUAUUGGGCAAUUACCUCCCACGGAAUAUUUCACUACUGCUCAGCGUUGGUAUAAGGACCCUGUUGCUGGAUCUCAAGCAGAUCCUCAGAAUAAUGGCUGGUAUAAGAGGGUUGAGGAUGUGAGGCUUAGCCUUACAGGUAGUUUGGCAUGCAGAACUCUGGUAAAUAUCAAAGCCACACCGCUUUGA